CAGGGCCGGCUUGUCGAGGCCGAAGCCAUGUACGAUCGCGCGCUACAAGGCUACGAAAAGGCGCUCGGGCCGGACCACCCUUCGACGUUCGAUAUCGUUAGCAACCUGGCCAAUCUUUACUCUGGCCAGAACCGGCUCAACGAGGCCGAGGCCAUGUACGAUCGCGCGCUGCAGAGCUACAAGAGGGCACUUGGGCCGGAUCACACAUCGACGUUCUCGACUCUCAACAACCUGGCCAAUCUCUACAAAAGCCAGAGCCGGCUUGCCGAGGCCGAGGCGUUCUACAAUCGCGUGCUGCAGGCCCUCGAGAAGGCGCUCGGGCCGGACCACACGUCAAUGCUCGACACCGUCAACAGCCUGGUCCUCAUCUAUCGGGCUCAGGGCCAGCUUGCUAAGGCUGACGCCCUGUACGGCCGGGCACUGCAUCGGCGU